AUGGCGACCGGAACUGUUCAACAUCCUCCUGCCACACACACUCCUGAGGUGCCGGGCACCACAGUCAAUCCCCGCAUCGACAUGCGGCCAGACGGCCUCCAUGAGCGAGGCAAACAGCUGGUCGAGUCCAUCCGCUCCUCACCGCGAUCGGCGAACCCGUUCCUCAUCACCGAGCGCGCCGAAGAGAAGCAGAUCACCCUCUCGUCCCGAGACCUCCAACUCAGCGAUUUUGGGCUGAUGAAGACCCUCGGCACUGGGACUUUUGCGCGGGUCUGGCUCGCGAAACCGAAAGAGCAAAAGGAUUCGGACAAGAAUAAAGUAUACGCUCUGAAGAUACUGCGCAAGGCCGAUGGACCAGUGAUCAAACUGAAGCAGGUGGAACAUGUGCGCAACGAACGAAAAACCCUAGCCGCAGUGGUCGGACAUCCUUUCAUCACAACCCUGAACGCUUCCUUCUCUGAUGACCAGAGUCUCUACAUGCUGCUGGAUUACUGCCCUGGAGGUGAGAUCUUCAGCUAUCUCCGACGCGCACGGCGCUUCGACCUAGAGACCUCGACAUUCUAUGCCGCCGAGAUCACGAUGACGAUCGAAUACCUGCACGAAGCCCACGGCAUUGCCUACCGUGAUCUCAAGCCAGAGAACAUUCUGUUGGAUGCCGACGGCCACCUCCGACUCGUCGAUUUCGGGUUUGCGAAGCAAGUCGGAAACCGCGAGACAUACACCCUGUGCGGCACGCCGGAGUACCUCGCCCCCGAAGUCAUUCAUAACAGCGGUCACGGACUUGCAGUAGACUGGUGGGCGCUGGGCAUUUUGAUCUACGAGUUCCUGGUCGGCCAGCCUCCAUUCUGGGAUCAGAAUCCCAUGCGCAUCUACGAGCAGAUCGUGGAAGGGCGCCUGCGCUUCCCGCCAAAUAUGCCCGCCUCGGCGCAGAAUAUUGUCUCGCUCCUCUGCAAGACUAACCCGUCCGAACGGCUGGGCCAUAUCUCCGGCGGCUCUGCGAGAGUCCGCGCGCAUCCGUUUUUCCAAGACAUUGUCUGGGACGAUCUGUUCUACCGCCGUGUCAAAGGCCCUAUUCUCCCCCGGGUGACGCACCCGGCGGAUACUAGUAACUUCGAGGAAUAUCCCGAUCCGCCAGAUUGUCGGGGUCAGAAUAUCUAUACCGACGAUCUAAGAAAGAAGUAUGAUUCACUGUUCAAGAAUCUCCCGGAUGAGCAGGAGACUUUGAAAUCCUCCGGGUGCCCUGGGUACACCUAUCCCCUCCCCGCCCACCCCCACGCCCCCAACAUCGGCCAAUCGGACUCAUACACUUAA